UCGUCCAAGAUUGACUCGGUGGUGGAUGUGGCGAGUCAGACUUGCCAUAUCACUUGCCCAUCUCAACAUCGGUGCACGCCUCGCCCAUACUGCGGCCAUGGCCAGCGUAAACAGGACUGCCCAUCCAUUUGACAAGAGCCGCUUAGAAGCUCUCCUCAAUCGCCGAUUUUUCUACGCCCCUGCAUUCGAAAUCUACGGAGGCGUAGCUGGGUUAUAUGAUUACGGUCCCCCUGGGUCCUCCCUUCAAGCCAACAUCAUCGCUGAAUGGCGUCGACAUUUCAUCGUAGAAGAUCACAUGCUUGAGCUCGACACGACGAUUAUGACGCCCGCGCCGGUUUUCGAGACUUCCGGUCACGUUGCGCGCUUUGCUGAUUGGAUGGUGAAGGACGAAAAAACUGGAGAUGUCCUUCGCGCCGAUCAUCUCGUAAAAAACGCAGAUAAGGUCAUGGAAGACGAGAAGAAAAAGAAGAAGAAGAUCAAGACAACUGCCGUGCAGUUGCCUGAUGAAGUCGUGAAGGAGUACAAGAGCAUCCUCGCUCAGUUAGACAACUAUUCUGGACCGGAGCUAGGUCAGUUGUGCAGGAGUCACGAUAUCCGCAAUCCGGACACCGGAAACCAGGUCGGAGAACCCCAACAGUUUAAUCUUAUGUUCGCGAGUAGCAUCGGUCCCACCGGUCAACACCCUGGCUUCCUCCGCCCGGAAACUGCACAGGGCCACUUCCUCAACUUUUCGCGCUUGCUUGAGUUCAACAAUGGCCGGAUUCCUUUUGCAUCCGCCCAGAUUGGGAAAUCAUUCAGGAAUGAAAUCUCUCCGCGUGCCGGUCUCCUUCGCGUGCGCGAAUUCACUAUGGGCGAGAUCGAGCAUUACGUCGAUCCUGAAAACAAAAGCCAUGCUCGAUUCGCUGAAGUCCGCCACAUCGUACUCCCUCUUCUCAACCGCUUCGUACAAGAGUCCGGGUCCACGCAAGUAACCAAAAUGUCCAUCGGUGCAGCAGUCGACAGGGGCAUCGUGGCUAACGAAACUCUAGGCUACUUCCUUGCCCGUAUCCACCUCUUCCUGCUCAAGAUUGGAGUAGAUCCACGGAGACUGAGAUUCAGGCAACACAUGGCGAACGAAAUGGCGCACUAUGCAACGGAUUGCUGGGAUGCCGAAAUCCAGAAUUCAUCCGGCUGGACGGAGUGUGUCGGCUGUGCCGACCGUGCUGCUUACGAUCUUUCAGUCCACUCGGCACGCACUGGGCAUCCACUAGUCGUCCGCCAGGCCCUCAAAGAGCCAAUAGUCACUGAACGAGAGGUACCCGAGUUCAACAAAAAGGUUCUUGGAAAGACGCUGGGUCGGGAUGCUGGCCUGGUGCAGCGUGUUGUUGGGGAGAUGAGUCAAGAAGAACUCGUCAGGUUAAAAGGAGAGUUAUCCCAAGGGUCCGCGACAAUAUCUGCAGACGAGAAACAAAUCGCUCUCACGCCUGAGCUACUUACCAUAGAACGAAAGACAUUCAAGCAAUCUAUCCGUGAAUUCGUUCCAAAUGUGAUCGAACCCUCGUUCGGUUUUGGGCGGAUUUUAUAUUCGCUGCUGGAACAUUCUUUUUGGUGCAGGGAGCAGGAUGUCGAGCGUAGUGUCCUCUCGCUGCCCCCGCUCGUUGCGCCAACAAAAGUCCUCAUAGUACCUCUGAGUGCAAAAGAAGAAUUUGACCCGCUUAUCGAGGAAGUCUCUAUGAAACUCCGCAGAUGUGGUAUAUUCUCCCGCGUCGACGAUUCGAAUACGUCGAUCGGCAAACGGUAUGCUCGUAAUGAUGAGCUUGGCACGCCGUAUGGUGUCACGCUCGAUUUUGCUUCGCUUCAAAAUCGGACGAUGACACUCCGUGAACGCGACACUACCGACCAACUCAUAGGUUCUAUCGAUGACGUCAUUUCCGUAAUAAUGGGAUUGGUCCAUGGAGCGCUCACUUGGGAAGAUGCAUGCACGCGCCUUAAGGCAUACGGCGGUGUGCAAGCUAUCGAGUAGACUCAUGUAUAUGGUCUCCGGUCUGAGGUGCAUCUAUUUCAGUCUGUAACGUAGGUCAUUGUCUACUGAGUACAGGUAAAGCUCGGAACAUCGUAGACUCGUAGAUACCAGAAACGUAAGAGUUGG